AUGCCCGCGCCAUACAAUUGCUGGUUUUGGAGGGCCGAGUGUCAGCCAGGCAAAGCUGAGGCGACCACCGUUGCAAGGCAGAAGGCUGUGAACUUGGUGGUUCUUAUGUUGUCCUGGCUCCACAUGAAGCGCCCUACACGGUGCCCACCGGGAUUGUCACCUCACACCCGACUGUCUCGGAAGCAAUGGGGCAUCAUCCAGCGCUUUGAAGCUCAACUGAAAGGAGUGGAGCUGGUGGGCAUGGUGGGUCCUACGGAGAUGGGGCGCACUGCGGCCAAGAUGGAAGGCUUGGAUAGCAUUUUGCAUGAUCUUUUUGUACGGGCUUGUAGUUUGACGAAGGAUUCUUACACUGCCCAUUCACCUGACGCUCAACCUCGAGUGUCUGCAGCUGAGAGCAUUGAACCGCAAAGGAGGGAUGGCUGUGUAGUCGUAGGGCGGAUGCAACAAGGCACCCCUAUGUUGGCAAAGGAUAUUGAAACUGAGCGGCUGUCAUUUCCUAAGGGUUUGCCGGAGUUCAACCCGGAGAAGUUUUUUGAUGGUGUCCACAAGACAGUGUUUGUUGACCCAAUCAGCUUGGCCAUCCCCCCUGAUCAGUCAGAGGGCUUGCCGCCCCGAGUACAGGUUCGAGCCUCUCAUGAACAGGUGCUGCAACUUUUGCAUUUUUUAGAUGAGCAUCACCGCCUCCGCUUGGUGCCAAAAAGCAAGGUUUUUACCCCCGAAGAACUCCUGACCUCACAGGGAAGAGCACCUAGGGGGAAUCUAGCAGCUGGCAUUGUCAUCGAUGACGCCGUUUUUGCAGAGCAGAUCCCAGCGAACCAACCUGCCGAGUCUUCAGAUGGCGUGCGGCGCUUGGAUACUCUUUGUGAGGAAUAUGUUCAGGAAGGGCUGACUGCCCAUCCCAGGAAGACUUUCCGGGGCCACACCCAGGCGGAGUUCUGGGGAGUGGCCGUAGAUGGUGAGACAGGCAUGCUGCGCACGAACCCCAAGCGCCUAUUGCCGCUACUAGAGCUGACGACCAGGGUGGCAGUGCUGGGCUACGCGUCAGUUGGCCUACUAGAAGUCGGCGCUCCAGGUGCGUCGCCGCAUGUUGACAUCCUGAAGUUGUCGCCGUCCUUAGUACAAGAACUGUGGACUCUGGUCAUUCUUGGGCCUAUUUGCGUGGUGGACCUCAAGGCGCAGAGUCUGGAUGAGGUGUUCCUGUCUGAUGCCUCAGUGGAGAAGAAGGCAUCUGUGCGGGCCCCCCUGUCAAAGCACCUAGCCAAAGAAUUCCAGAGGCACUGCUUGGCACGAGGCACAUGGAGUCGCCUCCUGUCCCCCUGGCAGAGUUGGCUCCGCCAACAUGAGCUCAUGAAUGAGUUUGAAGAACUCCCAGAAGGAGUUCCGCUUGUCAGUCACCCGUUGUGGCUGGUGCUAGCACAAGCUCUGCAAUUCCGGCUCCACCAUUGCAAGCAAGCGAUGGGGCGCCGGCACAUCAAUCUGUUGGAAAUGGAAGCCGUGCUGGAGGUGGAACACAAGCUUGCUCAGCGGUUAUGUGACAAGAGAUACCUGCUGGGCAGUGACAGCCAGGUGGUCCUAGCGGCCCUUGUGAAGGGCCGCUCAAGCAGCCCUAGCCUGAAUCGGCUGCUACAAAGUAGUCUGGCAGUGCUGCUGGGUAGUGGUCUUUAUGGAAAUUACGGAUAUGUUCCGUCACUGGCGAAUGUUGGGGAUGACCCUACGCGAGAUCAGCCAAUCCGUCUGCCUGCCAGGUCUUUGCCUCCAUGGUGGGAUGCUGCCGAAGCCGGCGACUUUACCUUGAUGGAUGAGUGGCUGGCGUCUGUAGGAUAUGACCCACUGAAACUAGCGGGCAUCCCGUGUAGUGGUAGUGAGAAGUUUGAUGUCCAGAGAGCUCAAGAGGAGCUGCUGGACCCACUUUAUGAUGUACAGAAACCUGAGCGUAUGGCAAUUUUUGCUGAUGCACUUUCUAGCGUUUCACGGCCGGAGGGCCUUGUUGGAACCGUCUCACAGGCGCUGCAAAGCAGUGCUGGUGUAGUGUCAGAAAAUAAAAGAGAGCAAGAGCCUGAGAGCCAAACGACAAGAACAGAGAAAAAGCCUGAGGGAAAGAAUGAACCCAGGCCCUAUUUUCAAGCUGUCUGGGUCUUGGCGAUCCUCCCCCCGCGCAGCAUUUUUACUAGCUCGGAAGAGCUCCCAGGGAUUAGGGGCGAGUCGCCAUGCUGCCAUGAGAAUAGCAGAAGCCCACUGCUGAGUGAGCGAGCGCAGCAGCUGCUGCGAGCCCUACCUGUGUGCCAGUUUUUUGCACCAGGUGGAAGACGAGCUAGGCCGGGCCAAAACCUCCUGGAUGAGCAAGUGCAGAAGAGCAUUUUUGAUUUGUUGGAAGCCGGUGCCUUUUUGGGGGCUGGAGCAGCACCGGGGUGCUGCAGCUUCAGCAGAGCGAUCACUCCUGCGGUGCGGGAUCACCAGCACCCUUUUGGAAGAGCUCCCUUGUCGGAGCACAUGACUCGGAAAGUUCAACAAGGCAAUGGGCAUGCUGCAUUUGUUUUGAAGGUAAUUUUGUUUUGUCUGAAGCACCAACUGGUUUACUGGGUUGAGAACCCGGAUGGAAGCUGGUUAUGGCUUUUGCCGCCCUGGGUUGAAAGCGGAAUUGCAAGAGCAGAACGAGCCUACCGUUUUGACAUGUGUCGGUAUCAGACGCCAUGGAGAAAACGUACCCGGAUUCUCACCAACACACGAUUUGCCGGUGUUAGAGAGAUCUGCCAGGGAGGUCACUCCCACCAAUUUCUACGUGGGCGCAGCUCUUUGCACCGAUGCUGCUGGACUAAGGUGGCUCAGACAUACCCCAUGUCUCUCUCUCGCCGCCUUGCCUUUGAGAUGGGCAGGGCAGCAGGGUUGCGCCGUGACGAGGUGGGUCGCCUGGAUGUGGCCGCUUGUGCGAAGUCUUCCUCUCCUCGAAUCGGGGAAGCGCAAAACCCGGGACCCCGACGAGCGCACCGCGCUCCAGCUCUCCGGGACCCGGGCGACCUUGAAUCAGUGGUUCUAGUGGGCCAGGGCACCCGUGCUUUGCAGCGGCGCAUUUGGGAGAAUUUUGACAGGUGGCUGCAUGACAAGUACUCGGAAGACACCUGCCGCCAGGUUUUUCUUUGUCCCUCACUAGCUGUGCAAGUGCUGCGAAACUAUGGGCUUCAUGUAUCUCAGCGAGGGGGGCGGCUCUAUGAGCUGCGUCAUUUACUGGUGCUGGCCCAACAAAAGUUCCCUCUACUCAGACCUUCCAUGGCUCCGGCAUGGCAGCUGGUCAGCCAGUGGGAGGAGCUUGAGCCAGUUUGUCAUCGGCGCCCUUUGCCGGAAGCCCUAUAUAAAGCACUGGUGUCUCUUGCUAUUUACUGGGACUGGAAGCGUUUUGCUGGCUGCCUUAUUUUAGCAGUGGAAGGCAUUGCUCGAAUUGGCGAGGUCCUACGAGCACGACGAGCUGACUUGGUCCUCCCUGCUGACUUGUUUGAUGACCGAGUCGCCUCCGUGUUCCUCAGAGUUCAAAAGCCAAAGACCCACCGUCGAGGGAAGGGGCGGGUUCAACAUGUUAAGGUUGAGGAUGCGCAGAUAGCCAAAGUCCUUCAGCAUGUUUUUGGAGACCUGCAUGAUUCCCUUCUCCUUUUCCCUUUGUCUGCGGCUAGUUUUAGAACAAGAUGGGAGAAACUUCUGAAUGCUUUAGAAGUUCCUUCGGCUUUUAGACCUACACCUUCAAGUGUCAGAGGUGGUGGUGCGAUUCUGGCCUACAAAAGAGGCGAAGCAAUCCCCAGCAUCCUCUGGCGGAUGAGACUGGUUUCGCAGAUGACUUUAGAGUCUUAUCUUCAGGAGCUCGCUGCCGAGAGUUUUCUAGCAAAGCUGCCGGAAACCACCAAACUUAGAAUUCGUUUUGCUGCUUCUUACUACCUCCCAGCUUUGAAGUCACUAGGCUAA